UCAUUUUUUAGCAGUGAGUAAUUGCUUCUGGAAAACCAGCAGUAUCAGGGCACCCAUAAAUCCACAUUGUGGCCCCAUAAUGAAGACAGCUGUAACCAGCGAAUCAUAAGUCACCCUCAUUUCUUUAUUUUUUUCUCUGAUAUCCUAUUGGCUUGUCUGGACUCCUGUGGGCAGCAGAGCCGAUGCAGAAGCAGCCUGCAGACCUUGUCAUCCACAUUGGCUCCCAUACAAGGUGCGCUGAUCUUUUGCUCUUUAUUUCUUUUUCUCUUUUUGCUUUCUACGAUGCAGCUUCUACAUUCGGCAUCCGUGGCUCGCAACCCCUCAAUGGACAGAGAUGAUACCUCAUGAGGGAGACUGCAGCAUCGUGGACUCACCCUGCGACAAAGACUGAGUGACUUCACGGCCCCUAAAUGUAUUUUAUGGAGCAAAGGCUGCGGACCCUCUGUGUUCUGUGUGCGUACAAGCAACACAUGACUUGAUAAACAUGGGAAACAAGCAGACUAUUUUUACAGACGAGCAACUUGAUGCCUACCAGGAUUGUACUUUUUUCACCCGCAAAGAAAUCUUGCGGUUGCACGGUAGAUACCAUGAAUUGGCUCCUCAUCUCGUACCAAUGGACUACACCAAGGACCCUGAUUGUAAAUUACCUUUAGCUUUGAUAGUCAACAUGCCAGAGUUAAAGGAAAAUCCAUUCCGUAACAGGAUUGUUGAGUCUUUCUCAGAGGAUGGGAUGGGGAAUCUCAGCUUCAAUGAAUUUGUGGAUAUGUUCUCAGUCCUCAGUGAAAUGGCUCCACGGGAACUGAAGGCCAUUUACGCCUUCAAAAUAUAUGAUUUCAAUGUGGAUAAUUACCUUUGCAAAGAGGACCUGGAAAAAACUCUGAACAGGCUGACAAAGGAGGAGUUGACUCCUGAAGAGGUGCAGCUGGUGUGUGAGAAGACCAUCGAAGAGGCCGAUUUAGACGGAGACAAUAAACUCUCCUUUGCCGAUUUUGAAAAUAUGAUAUCAAGGGCUCCUGACUUCUUAAGUACCUUCCACAUACGAAUCUGAGAGGGCUCCACGGUGACGCCGAGCACAGUGCCUGUCUGCUACUCCGAAUCAUCCCGCGUGUCCUCGCCAGCGUCGUCUCCCCAGCUGUCCUCGCCUCUGCGACGUCUGCCCAGAUAAGAGCGCAAACCAGCGGAUGGAUGUAGAGUUCUCAGGAUGCUGGAUGUCUUGACGGACGAACCCACGUGACCACCACCAAUGAAAGGGCUCGGCCUGGGUUGGUCUGUUCGACGCGGAGGAAGCGGAACGUGACUGGCAAGAGCCUGGCAAGUGGAUUUGGGCUUCACGGCACAUCCGAUAAUGCAUAAAAAGUAAUCUACCUAUAUUGCACAUGUCAUAGCCCCACUUCCCAGAUACUCACUAUCUAAUGAAUGACUGUUUAGCAUUAGCGUUGAGGGCGUAAAUGAGCUAUAUGCACUAUUUGUACUUGCAUGGUAAACCUCUGGCUCUUUGGCAGCGUAUUGCUUAUUUGAUGUUAUGGUUAUGCUCGUGGAACUGUAACAUAACGACAAUCAUACUUUAAUUUCCUCCAGCUAAGUGAAGGGCUAGCUUCCAUAUUCUGCCUUGGCCAUUAUUAUACCAUGAGGUGUUUGUGGCAGCCCUCUUUUGAAUAGACAUUUUUUCAAGUUUGCAUUAUUUGGAAUAAAUGUCCUCUCUGUG